UUGAGACUCUGUCUCAAAAAAAAAAAAAAAAAAGACUUCAAAGAAACUGCACUUCCCAGACCCCUUUGCAGGUUGGACUAGGCUCCACUAAGCCAGACAGUGAAAGAGAGGUAGUAGCCACAGAGAGGUGGUGGCCACAGGUGAGAGAAUCUACAGAGGACACAGUGGUGGAUGUGCUGGGUUCUUUGGGGCAGCUGUGCCAGUGGACCUGGCAUCUUAGGAGCCAAGUGAUGGAGGCAGUGGUCCCAAUGGAGCAGUAGAUGCCUGGCUUCUGGCUGUGGCUGUGCGGUUACUUGAGCUUGACACCUUAAUGCCCAGGAAUCUGUAAGCACCUUUAUGCCCCAUAUAAGCAAAACCCUAGUUGGAAUGAUUUCUAUAGUCUGCAACUAAGAAUACCAUAAAAGUAUAAUACUCCCCCUCUCCACAUGGUAGAGCCCCCAAGGGCAGGAACUACAUUUUACACUUCUCUGUAGACAACUGUAAACUGCUCCUCCCAUAAGUUUAUCAAUAAAACAUGCACAAUUCAUUGAACUGGGUUCAAGUUCUAACAUUCUGAUGAAUUUUUUAUCCUUUCUGUGAAUCAGCAGUCUGAAAUGGCCGGGGCAUGGUGACUCAAAUUUGUAGUCCCAGCCUUUCGGGAGGUCCAGGUAAGAGGAUCACUUGCGACCAGAGUUUGAGAGCAGCUUGGGUGGGCAUCAUAGCAAUGUGGUUGUGCCACUGCACUCCAGCCUGGGGUGACAGAACAAGACCAUGUUUCUUUAAAAAAAAAAACAAAAAACAGAAGAGUCUGAAAUGAAGUGGCAAAAUGAUAUAGUUCUCCUCCUAUGAAACCUUAAAGCUCAAUCAUAACAAAUUUUUUUCAAUUUAAUUACUUGAAAGGGUCAGAGGGCUUUUUAUGUCAUUUUUUUUUUGGAGACAGAGUCUCACUUUGUCGCCCUUGGUAGGGUGCCAUGACGUCACAGCUCACAGCAGCUUCCAGCCCUUGGGCUUAGGCGAUUCUCCUGCCUCAGCCUCCCGAGCAGCUGGGACUACAGGCGCCCGCCACAACGCCCGGCUAUUUUUUUUGUAGCAGUUUAGCUGGGGUCGAGUUUGAACCCUCCACCCUCGGUAUACGGGGCCGGCGCCCUCCCCACUGAGCCACAGGCGCUGCCCUGGAUAACGUAUUUUUUUCAGCAGCCUUGCUAUAAUAUUUUUCACGGUCUUCGUCCUUGAACUUUUAAUUUCUUCCAGCUUGUUUUGGCAUUAUCGCUUACACUGUAGUCAUCGUCUUUGAACUCAUUUCCUUAGUGUCGCUUAACAGGCGCGGGACUGUCCAUCAGGGGGUCCUACUGGCUUUUAGGGUUGUGACACUCCCCGCCAGAGGAUGAGGCCACAACGAAGCGCUGGCACAGCCUGUUCGCGUUAGGUUUUGUCAUUUUUACAGGUACCUUCUUGUCUCAAAUUGCUUUUCACUGUUUCCUUGGGACUUGUUUUCUGCCUUUGCUGCUGUUUGUCCACGGUUCUCCAGAAAAGAAAGAUCCGGAAAAGAACAGCACUUUGGAGGCGCGCGACCCGGAAGCUCGGAGGCAGUGUCCGCAGUUUCAGGUUUGCGCCCGGCCGCGCCCGCGCCCCCGGACUACAUUUCCCAGGUGCCCCUGCGCGGCAGGGCGGUCCCGGGACCGGCCGCCGGUUGGGACGCGCAGUCUGAGGUACACCGAGGAGUGCAAUGGCCGCGUGGGGCGAGUGUCUGGCUGGCUUGCGCGGGGUGCUGCUCGACAUCUCGGGCGUGCUGUGCGACUUCGGCCCAGGGGGUGGCACGCCGAUCGCCGGCUCCGUGGAAGCAGUGGCGAGACUGAAGCGGUCGCACCUGAAGGUGAGAUUCUGUACCAACGAGUCACAGAAAUCCCGGGGAGAGCUAGUGAGGCUGCUUCAGCAGCUAGGAUUUGACAUCUCUGAGGAUGAGGUGACCUCCCCAGCCCCGGCCACCUGCCAGGUGCUGAAGGAGCGAGGCCUGCGGCCACACCUGCUCAUCCAUGAAGGAGUCCGCUCAGAAUUUGAUGAGAUCGACACGUCCAACCCAAACUGUGUUGUAAUCGCCGAUGCCGGAGAAGGCUUUUCUUAUCAAAACAUGAACAAAGCCUUUCAGGUGCUCAUGGAACUGGAAAAUCCUGUGCUCAUAUCCCUGGGAAAAGGACGCUAUUAUAAGGAGACCUCUGGCCUGAUGCUGGAUGUUGGUGCCUACAUGAAGGCGCUUGAGUAUGCCUGUGGUGUUGAAGCUGAAGUGGUGGGGAAACCUUCUCCUGAGUUUUUCAAUGCUGCCCUGCGAGCCAUUGGGGUGGAAGCCCACCAGGCCAUCAUGAUUGGGGACGAUAUCGUGGGUGAUGUCGGCGGUGCCCAGCGGUGCGGAAUGAGAGCGCUUCAGGUGCGGACCGGGAAGUUCAGGCCCACAGACGAGCACCAUCCGGAAGUGAAGGCUGACGGGUACGUGGACAACCUCGCAGAGGCCGUGGCCCUGCUGCUGCAGCACACGGACAAGUGAUGGGCCUCUUACCCUCCUUCUACCCUGCCUGUCCUCCACCUGUCCCAGUGCCCAACCACCCUGGGCCCGCCAGCCCCGCCCCCUGCCCCACAUGGGCAGGUGAGGGCCCUUCUGGGCUGCUUUGCCCUCAUCUGAGCAGCUGGCUCCUUCUGCCUCCCUCUGCUGGCCCCAGGCCUCCCAGGGAGGCUUAUCCCCCUUCUCUGCUCCCUUGCCUGGACCCUGACCAUGGCUCCCUGUAGUGAGGUCCAGGACCAUAGGACAGACCCGUCAGCCUCUGGUGGGUGGACACCCUCUGGGCAUGGGCUGGAAGGAACCCCUGGGAAUGUGCUGGAUCCCUGAAUUCACUCCCAUUUGCACUGAUCCUGGAGUGCAGUCACCUCCACCUAAGUGGAUUCCGAGGCCUUGUGCCCAAUGUCUCUUCAGUGAGGAGCCUGGAGAAAACCCAGGGCCACCCAUGCACAGAUACGCAGCCCAGAGCCAGGCCAGCCUCCCUGGCACUGCCCAGGCCCCCUACCCACUCCAGCCCCCCACAAAGACUAGGGGCAGCUCCUAAGGCACUGUGAAGACUAUGGUCCCACAGAGCAGGGAUUAACCCCUGCUUUCAGGCUGGCAGGCACAGAGGGCACUUCCUGGAGCCUGGAAGGCAUGGGGUCCGGCACGUAUAGGAGCAGACUAACGAUUCAAUAAACUGCCUUGAACAGCAGCCUUUGACUCAGGCUUUGACUGCUGGGAAGGACCACAUGGUGGAGGCCGUGAGCAAGAGUCCUGGGCUGUCUGUGCUUUGCCAUGUGCUUGCGCCACCGAACAUCAGCAGGACAAGGACUGUGGGACACCUCACCUACUCUGACCCUGGUUUUUAACAGAUGGGGAGACUGAGCCCAGAGGAAACAGUGAGCUGCCCUUGCCCCUUGGGACAAGGCCGACCAGGGCUUGUUAGGGCUGGCAGUGCCUUCCCUAACAGAGCAGCCUGAGGCCAGGCGGUGGUGGGUGUCAGCGAUGCUCCCUGCCAGUCCUCUGGGACUCAAUUCAUAACCCAUUUUAGGCUCCAAAAUCGACCAGCUGAACCACUAACUCGAUUGCUUUGUUCCUCCCCAAAUCAAUUCAGAAGCCACUAAUACCGUGUCUCAACCUGUGGGUCACAACCCCUUUCGGGGCUGAAUGACCCUUUCACAGGGGUCGCCUAAAUACAUCUGCAUAUCAGACAUUUACAUUAUGAUUCCUAACAGUAGCAAAAUUAGUUAUGAAGUAGCAAUGACAAUAAUUUUAUGGUUGGGAGUCACCACAACAUGAGGAACUGUAUUAAAGCGUUGUGGCUUACGAAGGUUGAGAACCACUGCACUAAUAGAUCUUAAGAGACAACUUCUCAUAAAAGAAGUCACGGAGGCCGAGACGGUGAAUUGCCUGAGCUCACAGAUUCGAGACCAGCCUGAGCAAGAGCAAGACCUUGUCUCUAAAAAUAGCUGGGCAUUGUGGCGGGCGCCUAUAGCUCAAGAGACUCGCUUGAGCCCAAGAGUUUGAGGUUGCUGUGAGCUAGGAUGCCACAGGACUCUACCAAGAGUGACAAAGUGAGACUCUGUCUCAAAAAGAAAAAAAAAAAAAAAGUCACGGGUCCUAGUAAUAGGAUUUCCAUUAAGUUAAGACAGAUGAUGAUGAAGUGCUGGCCCCUGCAGUCUGAGUCCCCAGUAUAGCAGCCAAGAGCCAGUGGGGGGUGUAUAGUGUCUGGCCAGACUGACCACCAUUGAAUCAGGAUUAGGAGGGAAUGGUGGCUCAGUCUUGUCAUCAGAAUGAGAGGCUGGCUACCAGCUGGACUAGUGUCAUUGGCACCUGGGCUGAUUAUCACUUUCUCCUGGGUAGGUCCCUGAUGACAGCUGUCAGGAGAUCAACUAGGGGCAACGUCAGGCAGUGGGCUGCAGUUCCAAAGUGGCUUGGGGAGGGGCGCAACCCAGCAUGCUACUGGGUUGGUUUGGGGGGGUCUUUGGUUUUCCUUUUGCUUUGUUCUUAAUGGGCUCCCCUGCUUGCAGCCUGAUGUCUUCCUCUUUCAAGUUGCAGCCUAGAGUGGGGUGCAGAGGGACAGCUCCUAGGGGACAGACCAUUGCUGAGUGAAGAACUAUCCCACCCUCUGAGCUGCAGUGGGCUCAGCAUUGUCAUCCUUCCCACUUCACAGAUAAAGAAUCUGAGGUGCAGAGGGAUGAAGUGACUAGUUCAAGGGCCCACAGAAUAAGGCAGAGCUGUGCCGAAGUGAAAUUCUGACCCCACAUGCUGUCCUGUUCAAGUCCAACAAUACUACCCCCAUCCUUGCUGACAAACCUCCUGUGGGGAUGUCUGUGCUGGCUCCAGCGUCCUGGCAUCCUCUCUCCAGAGAUGGAGUGUUCUCGUUGGGGUUGAGGCUCAACCCUACCCAUGGAGUCUUGUGUCCCUGAACCUUAGUGACCUUGUCUACAAAAUAAGAUGAUUUCCUUAAUGGAAUUUCCCAAGCCCUGCUGGGGUGCCUUGUCCCCUAGCUGGGGUAAUGACUCUACACUGCUGCUCACCUGGGGCAGAGUUGCUGCCCAGAAGUGAGGAGUGACCUCCCUCACCACAAGUCCUUCCAACUUCCUGACAAUUGCCAGCCUUUUUAUAUAGAGGGGGCCUGGCCCUGGCCUGCUGUGGACCCUCCUUCCAUAUCCCCAGACAGAUGGGCUCGAGUCCUUGGGUCAGAGACCACAGGUGAGGCUGGAUUUAAGGGCUGGUGGUGGGCUAAGGACAGGACUGUGUUCAACACAUGUACCAUGUAACUGUCACUAUGAAACAGACUGUCAAAACCCAGGUGACCAGCUCCUAGUGGGCUCCUAGGAGGCUUUGCUGUGGAGAUCUGGAUCGAGUCAGUGGCCUGGGGCCCAGCCACAUUUCCCAGCAGAGUUCCAGGCUCCGGGGUGCCUGCCCUGUGGCUGUCAGGAGCAGGGGUGGGAGGGACUGAGAGGAGAGCAGACAGGACAGUGCAUCCCUUUGGGGCCUCGUCCACCCCUAAAUAGCCCAGUUCUGGGGCCCACCCAGUCCCUAGGCCCGGGCUGAAUGUGUCUCCUCAUGAAAGAGCAAUUCCAAUUGGGCUAGUUCAACAAUAGAAUUGUCUCACGUGGCUUUCAAGCCAGGCCCGGUUGGGUCUGGGG